AUGAAUUUUCAGUAUUCCGCGAUAAAAAAUGUCAAAACUCGUGACCAUGAAAAGAGCUUUUUUUCAUGUCAGGACGGUCGCUGGAAGACUGUCACCUGGGCGGUUCUUCUCGGACUUGCCCUGAUGGCCUCUUUGACAGCCAUACUGAACAUAUUCAAGUACCCGACGUAUGACUACGACACCAAAGAUCAACGUACGAAGCGCUGCGGCACGACAGCCACGGAAGCUAAAGCUCGAGGCUGCCACUUCGAUCCAGUCAGCUUCGCUUGGCUACCGGAGGAGUGCCUGGAUCUCGACUUAGCUGAAGAGUUUCGAGCACUUAAUUGGACACUAUAUGCGGAUAUUCAUGGCACGAAGAUCAAGUCCGAAGAGGAAUUUUCCAGCGACACGACAGACACAUUCCUCACAAACGAGAAUCACGUUCUACAUUGCGUCUACUCAUGGAAGCGACUUCACCGAUCAAUACAAGCCAGAAAGCCGCUACAUUCGGGCUUGAGCUAUGACCACACAAAGCAUUGUGGUGGAGUGCUUACAUCUCAAAGGCCUCCAAAGCAAAUAGUCACAAAAGCAUUGGUUAUCUAUCCUGCCUGUUAA